AGGGGGUGGGGAUGGCUGAUUGCUUCGGUCUAUUGAAAAACAGGCAUUUUAGAGGCCAUUUGUAUGCUUUUAUGUAGGUGAUAGAAUUUCCCUCGAGAUAUGCCAUUUGUCUGGUCAUUACAUGGAUAGAAGGAACUCAAAAGAACUCAAGAGUAUUUAAUGGGCACACCCUAAUUUUCCCCAACGUAUACAGAUGAAUGAAACAAAGCCUUAUCAAAGCGUGAGAGUUAAACAAUCUUUUUAUUAAUGUUUGUCUUCUCAGGGUUUACGUGCGAUAUUUAUUCUUUGUUUGCAGUGCAAAAUUAACCCAAUCAAGAAUCGAAAUGAACCGGCCAUUUACAGAGUACUCGGAUAUCUAAUUGCGUUUCUUUAUCGCGGAAAAUUGCGUAUAUCUCGUCUAGAUUAAGAAUAGGGUGGGAAGUUGAAGUGCAGUUUUGAGAUAUUGCUUGAGUGGAAAAUUAGCGAUGUAUUUUAUGUGCACGAAAUUGAAUCAUUUAUACGACUGUUUAUUUAAUCAUUCGUCGGUUCGGAAAAUUAUUAAGUGUUGAAUUGCCCAUGCGUGUGACGAUAAGACGGUCGCUUGCCUAGUGCGGUUGCAGGCGCGUACACAGGGGGGGUGCGCAGGGUGCGCGCGCACCCCCCUUGGCUGCCGAAAAGGGGGUAAUUUCUUAUUGAGGAAUCUUCAAAUUCUAUGCUUUUUUUCAUAUUAUAUGUUAUUCCUAUGGCUGCACACACACCCCAGUCAUACCGUUAUUAACAGUACAGAUAAAACAGUAAGAUUAUCAAAUAAAAUCUACUAUGAUAUUAUUUCUGUUUCAAUAUUCCUAAAAAAAAUAAACUUCCACGUGGUACUGACUAAACGUUUUCUAUACCAAGUUAGUCCCGACACUUAUUUCAAAUAAGGUUGCACUUAAGAAUCCAUGUGUCGUGACGUUCACAAUAAGCAACACUGGUUUAUUCUGCCUUCUCGUCGCGUUUCAAUGUUAUUCUAUAUACCUUCCUUACUGUACAGAGCCGUGGGUCAAAUCUCCGCCGAGAAGGCACUUGUACAAACCGAUUAUCUGAGGUCUAUAAGCAAUGUCAAGUCCGUGCAACAAAGAAUUCCUUGAAUCGAAUGGCCUUCAAGUCACCGUCAGCAACACUUGUCUACAGCACGAAAAGUUAAAAGGAUGUGCGCAAUGUUCGUGGACAGUCAUUUUUGUUUUUGUUGUUGCUGUUGUUGUUGUUGUCCCAACCCUCCUUUAGUAGGGAGGCGGGGUUUCGGGGUCAUUGGUCACCUGUUAUGAUGCACGGCCCGUUUUGUUCUCAUUACUUAUUCACAAGCUUAGCUUUUUUUCAAAUAUCGGUGCUUUUUACAUUGAUUCAAACGGUUUCUCUUCUUCCCAAAAAAAAAUCACGUUCUAUUCAAAACAUGCACUACGCCUCGGUUUUUUGAAUGAUACUUAACAGUGCUCUUGUUAUUUUAAUUACAAAAUUAAAGCCAUUGUUUCGUAGAUCAGCGGUUAAUGUGUACUUAGUCACGGCAAGCUGCGUAUCGGAAUAAGUAAUCUUUAACGUCGUCUUCAUGCAUGCUGUCAUGGCCUUAAUGGCCCUGUACCGACCCUCUGCGCUCUUAGGCAUUCUCGCACAUCUUCUCUGCCUCGUCCAGGGAUUCUCAGACCAUCCCGUCUUGCUGGUCUCUCUGGAUGGUCUCAGCUGGCGCUACACGGGCGGCGACCUCGCUAACACUUCAAACCUUGAUUACAUCGCUUCUACUGGGGUCAAGGCGAAAUGGAUGCGGCCGAUUCAACCCGUGAAAACAUGGCCUAUACAUCAGACGUACAUGACCGGAUUAUACGCUGAGACUCAUGGAAUCGUCUCUAAUAAUUUCUGGGAUCCGCUUUUCAAAGAGAAGUUCGUUUUACAGUACGACUGCUCUAAUUUUGACCCAAAGUUUUACAACUCUUCAGAGCCUCUUUGGCUGACGGUACAGAAGCGCGGCGGGAAGUCUGGCGUCCAUUUCUGGCCUGGGUAUUAUAGCUAUCCCGAGAAACCAAGUUAUACCGAGAAACCGGAGUGUUUUGUGGACUGUUCAGCGAUAAAGUCAAGCGACUUGCCUCGUUAUAGAAACAAGACAAGGCAAGGAUGGCCUCCGUAUAUUCACUGCUUUGCAAACCAAAGUCUGCCUUAUAAAAACCGCAUCGACAAGAUACUCAACUGGAUGAAAUCUGACGACCCACCGAAGUUUGUCGCUUUGUAUGUAAACGAGCCGGACUCUUCCGGGCACGGCUUUGGGCUAUUUUCGGGUCAUUACAAAAGGGCAGUGGAGAAAAUGGACAAGGAGGUCAUUGGGUAUCUCAUUGAACGUCUUAUAAAGGCGGAAUUGUUUGACAAGGUAAACCUGGUGGUUGUAUCUGACCAUGGCAUGGUAUCUAUCUCGUCCUCUAGGUCUAUCUACCUUAGUGACUUUGUUAACCCCGACACUUUUACCAUGUCAGAGGCUGGCGUGGCGGGCCACCUGUGGCCUCGUGACCGAGUAGGACUAGAGGACGAGAUCUACCAGAAUUUGACAAGGGCUGCAGCUAUAAAUUCUCAUUUUAGUGUGAUUAAGAGAGAUGACAUUGACGAGAAAUACCACUGGAAGGACAACCGAAGAAUCCCGCCAAUUUACGUGAAGACAGAGCUGGGCUGGACAGUUCACCAGAUACGGCCAGCGGUCAUCACCAAUUAUACAAGCGCGGAUCACGGCUGGUACCCAGUCCCCGGCCAAGAGCGCCUACUAGGCCCAGUCUUCUUUGCCCGCGGUCCUGCCUUUAAGCGGGAUUAUGAGUCACAGAACGGGCUCAACGUGAUUGACGUGUAUCCCCUGCUUUGCCAUCUACUCGGCAUAACACCGCUGCCGAACAACGGUUCACUAGACAACAUGAAGGAAAUUCUGGCAGAUUCGUCGCUUAGCAACGCAAUGUGCAAUAAGAUCUUUGGCUUGUGUCUUGGAAUAUGCGCCAUUUUUGUUUUUAUUGGACUUCAGAAGCUAUAGGAAAUCUUGGUUUACGUCACAUUGUCCUUAAACGUACUUCUUAGUCUUUUAUAAACCGCAGGUGGUUAUUUGCUCCCCCCCCCCCCCCCCCCCCAAGAGCAUAUCAAUAUUUGGGUGACCUUCAAACCCGCUCGGUCAAUCUCUGGGAGGCCUGGGUCUAAGGGCUUUUCAAUAUUAGUGAGAUAAAAAUUGGCCAAGCUGUCAGGUUUUUUUUUUACAAAUUCUUGCCACGAGUCUCAAAUUGACAGGGAUCAGCAUUUUUUACCAUAUUUGCUGGAGAUCAGGGAGCGGGAAAACUUUAGCUCUUCUAAAUAUGGGCAUCAAUGACCAUAUAAGGCAAUGCAAACGAAGGACACUAUCCUUGGGGAAUAUGUUUGAUAUGUUCUUUUUAGGAGCUUCAGAAGACAGAAGCUAUGGGAUCAGACAGGCAUGUGGACAUGGAGUGAGAACCAUACUAAUAUGGCUGGCAGAAAGAAAAGGAGAGCAAAUGUAUCACUACUUUUUUAUUGUUUUUACCAUAAGACGUCUUCCAUUUCGACCAUAUCGAAGUUGCUCGAUUUUAACUCGUUUGUGACUUGUGACUCGUCUGACAACUCGCACAUCGUUCGAGGGAAAUAGGGCCUUUGUAGGCGAAGCGUUUUAUCGAAGCCACGAGGACAGAACCUGAACUAAGCAUUUUCUCUGACAUUUUCUCUCACCGUGCACUUUUUAAUUACAAAUUGUCUCGCUGAAAAUAAUUGCAAGUCGUACGCGCCAUGUCACACGUGAAGAUUUUCCUGCGCUAUGGAAAAUUUGUUGCGGAAAGAAUAAAUUAGUUCUACUUUUCGUGCGACUUUGAGAAUGAAAAACAAGUUGCAAAGAUGGUGUCACACGUAAAAAAGGACACACGUGCGACUUGCAAUCAGUAUUAUUUUUUGCGAGACAAGUGCAAGAGAUAAAACGUACGGUGACAUGGCUUAAGACACUCGCGUUAUCGUGUUUGCCGGACGUUGUGAACUUGCGUCAACGAUACACAAGGGGGCUUUUUUUAAAUAUUGCUUUUCUUAUCCGACAUGUGCCUAGGAACGUCAUUGCGCAGACGGAUCAAUAGUAGCAGAGGCGUAGUGUGGGCAUUUUUACGAACUAUGUACGAACUAUGGCACCACGUUUUAGCCAAAACCUCCCCCUUGAAAACAUAUGAAAAUGUUAGGAUUGUUGACGUGCUCUGCAAAUUUCCUGGCGCAGUUUAUAACGCUCAUCUACCAUACAUCAAAAUAAAAAAAUACUAAGGUA